UAUUUUGAGCAUAAUUAAGUCAUCUUUCACCGGAGAAAAUUAGUAUUAUGCAGGUAGAUAGAGCUGACUCUUAGCUAUCUACUGAUGUAAAAAUUUUCCUAAAAUUCGUUAUCAUUAAUUAGUUCUACUCAUUUUACAGACAUGGAAGAAACCUAUUUAGUUAGUGCAGCAACAAUUUUUUUGUACGAUUCUGAAUGAACUAUUCUUGAAAUCAUCUUAUUAUUUAAAUAUGUUUUACAUUGUAUAUGACGCUGACAUUAUUUUUCGACAAACUACUUGAUUGAAUUUUGAAGCUAUUGACGAAAAAGCUACACUUUUGAGCCAAACAGAGUUAUAAAGCCAAGUUACUAGCAAUAUCAACUUCUCAAACUUUAUUCUGUAUUAGCAAUACGUUAACAAAUUAUUUUAUUAAAUUAUUUUUCUGUCAAUAGGAAGAGUAUUUUUUUAUAGUGUACAUGAAAAGUUUCAAAUAUCGAUGAUCUAAUUGCUAAUUUAGGCUGUAGCUUAAUGAUUCUACUAAUUUGAAUGCACAAAAAUGCGUUUAAAAUACUCUAGCUCUAUUAUAUGCCCAUUAUUUGUUGAAAAUACUGUUUUUUUUCACAAUUUUCACAUAUGUGGUAGAUUUUAAGAUUCUGAACAACUUUGUCAUUUAGUAUAGCAUCGAAAUUGGGUUCUGAGAGACGCUAGAGAUUUUUUCCUAUCUAUCCGUGUGAUUUACACGGGAUUAUCAUAAUUACCCCAUGAAAAAUAGCUGUGUUAUCAUAAUUACCCCAAAGAAGACAAAUGAAAAAAAUGACUAUGUCUUUUACUUUUCGUAAUUUCUAAUUAACUAAUUUAGAUUAAGUCCAAAUGGCUGACAAUUCAUAUGGGAGAUAGAGCAGAAAAUUCUCUACAAGAUGGUGUACUUUUUAGUCAGUUUACUCUAAGUUUCCUGUUCAAACUAAAUGGUUUAAGUUCAUUCCAGCUAUUUUGGCUGUAGUUAUCAUAAUUACCCCAUGAAAAAUAGCUGUGUUAUCACAAUUACCCCAAAUGGGGGAAUUAUGAUAAUUCUAAACCUGUUCACUGGAAAUUGAUUAGAACUAAUUAAUGAUAACGAAUUUUAGGAAAAUUUUUACAUCAGUAGAUAGCUAAGAGUCAGCUCUAUCUACCUGCAUAAUACUAAUUUUCUCCGGUGAAAGAUGACUUAAUUAUGCUCAAAAUAUCUGAAAAGUUUUAGGCGAUUAUCAGAAUUACCCCAUGUGACUCUACGGAUUUAUUUUAGAUAAUAUGCCAACAAAUUUAAAGGACAUUAUUUUUAUCUUAUCAGAAGUGUAUUCCUUAACAUAUUUUAUACCUUCUCUUUAGGUGAAAAACCGCAUGCGUGCACAAUUUGUGGUAAAGCAUUUUCCACUUCAAGUUCAUUGAAUACUCACAGUCGUAUACAUAGUGGAGAAAAACCUCAUUCAUGCGAAGUAUGUGGAAAACGAUUUACAGCUAGUAGUAAUUUGUAUUAUCAUCGCAUGACACAUACAAAGAAAAAACCACACAAAUGUGGAUUUUGUGAAAAAUCAUUUGCCACACCGGGUGAUCUACGUGGUCAUAUUCAUAUCCAUCGUGGCACAUGGCCCUAUCUUUGUCCACAAUGUUCAAAAGGAUUUUCAAAGCAAACAAAUUUAAAAAAUCAUCUUCUCACUCAUACAGGUAAGAUACAUGUGUUUCAAUCUUUAAUCAUUUAAUUUUCUUUUUUUCAAAACUUAGGCAUAAAAGCACACAGAUGUGAUACCUGUGGUAAAAGGUUUUCAUUAAAUUGCAAUUUGAAAUCUCAUCAAAAACUUCAUCGGUACAAUACUUUUCCAGGUAGUUAUAAUUAGUCAUUCAUGUUUUUGAACUGACUUCUAGUAUAGCCAAUAAACUGAGAUCUAAAAUAGUUUUUUCAGGCGUUUUUUAUUUCAUGAAGUUAUUGGUAUUAUUAAACCGUCUUCAAUGACGAAUUUCAGGAAUACGAUCGCAGCUAUCAGGAAAGAAAAAUUUCCGUUUUACUCUGGUGAACGUUUUUUUAUCCUACCCAAGAGUCUAAAUUUAAACUGAUCAUCUGAUUGUUCUCCUUCUAGGAAAUCAUCAGGCACAGAAUUCAUCCAAAGUUUCGCCAUCUACUGCUUGUACAUCUUCGAUCUUUUAUCCCGCUAUAAAACACACAGACGGCCUCAAUUCACUGAAUUCACAUUACUUUCCAUCAAAAUUAUCAGCAGAUUUUAUUCAACUACUAAGAUCGUACAAUAGUCAGACAGUAACUCAGUGAACAAAUAUGUUUUAUGAAUAUAAUUAUAAUUUUAUUCUUUAGUCACAGUUUUUUUUUUAAAAUAAAUAUUUCCGACCAAAAAUAUCGCGGAUUCGUUAGAUAAAAGAAACUGAGUGAUCAAGAAAGAUUAUUUUAAAAAAUAAUAUCUGUCAAACACUAUCACUGUAACUUUGACAUGCAUCCUUCAAUAUCUUUAUACGUGCCUUGUUACUUUUAUUGAUUUCUACGAGAAAGAUGUCAUAUUCAUACUGAGCAUGAUUGAAAAUAUAUGUCGCAUUGUUUUCAGCCCGUUGAACGACAAAAAGGAACGAAAAAACCAUGACCAUGUGUGAGUUUGGAACAAAACAUCUAGACGAGGAUUUUGAAGCGUAACAUUAGACUUAUGCCAUUAAUUUAGGUGUGUAUCUUGAACGAAAUUUUAGACGGUUGUUCAUUUGUAAUACAACGUUUAAAAGUGCGACAUAUAUUUCUUUUGCAUGUCUGCAUCCAGGGCUGGUUUUAGCGGAGGAGGUCAUGGGGGUAAACCCCCUGCCCCCCAAUAAUUGAAAAUAUUUGAAAAAUAUUGAAAAUUAAAAUUAAAAAUUAAACAAUUAAAACUAAAACAUUAAAAUUAUAAUUCGAUAUUUCGACCUAUUAAUACGAUCAUUUUCAAGUUUCUCCUCGUACAGGAUGUUACAUAAAGUUUAAAACAAAAUAACUGAUUG